CAUCAUGCAACAACAAUACAUUAUGCAAAGGCAAGCUUUGAUUCAGAGGCUUGAAGCUGAUCAGAGGAUGAUCCAAACCUCAACGAUGCCCUCUUCUCAUCAAAUUCCUUGUGCUUCUAAUCCCAAUUCAACCAAUGUGGGCAAUUUGCCUCGAAUUUACCAACCGACAGCCCCGCAAUCAGAUGUUACCUCUAUGAUCCUAGAUGUCAUGACCAGUGAAGAUGGGAGCUCAAGGUUGCAGAGGUUAUUGCUCGGUCAAGACGUCUUGGUUGAUCCAAUCUAUCUAAUUAGCUAUAUAACUCGAGAUGGACGUAUACUUACUAUAGCAGCCAAAGAUGAAUAUGGAAUUGAGUCAGUUAAGGUGUUCGUUGAUUUUGUCAAGCAAUGUCCUUGCAUGUUCAACUGGGUCACCUCUGCUCUCGAGGGAAAUGUGGUUGAGCUAAUGAUGCAUCCUAUUGCCUCUAAACUCAUCCUGUAUUGUCUUGGAACCUUAAGUUACAGGCAGAAAUUGUUCAUAUUCGACGCAGCCACAAAGAAAUGCCUGAAACUUGGAAAAAGUGCCAUCGGAAAAGUCAUUCUUGAAGAAUGCAUCAAGUCAUCGAGAGAUUCUCAGCAACGAAAAAUUCUAGAUAGACUUGUGUACCAUGCUUCGACGCUUUCAAAAACCUCCAAAGGAAAUCUUGUGAUCCAGUUUGCUCUGAAGAUUGGUGACUGUCAGUUUGAUAGAGAGAUAUGUAGAGUGUUGAAGAAUCAGUUGGAGGACUUGUCAACGGAUGAAAAUGGGAGUUAUGUGAUAGAAGCAUGCCUCAAAUCAUCAGCAGGUGAAGUGUUAGUUCGAAAACUCGCAGAGUUCGACAGUGAUAAACUUGAAAGACUUGUGACAGACCGAUAUGCAAACUAUAUUAUCCAAAGUGCACUCAAGAUAAGCAAGGGUACUUCACUUUACAAUGAUUUAGCUCGUGCAAUCAGAAGGCUCCCUGAAGAACUGGAGGAGAAUUUUUUCGCAUGCAAGGUUUUAAGGUGCAUUGGAUCUCUAGAACAGGAAUCAAAAAAUCGAGAAAGAGUUCGAGCUAUUGAAGCGUGGUUAUGUUGUGUUGGAUGAAGUACUACUUAUUGCUAUUUUUCUCUAGGUGUUAUUUUGUUUUGUUUUAAUUUCUAGCACGGGCUUUUAAGUUGGUAGAGAGUUUCUCCAAAUUUUGUACAAUUUCAUGUAGUAUUGCAGUCUGUGCAAGUUUGUGUCAGAAUUAUGUUUGAUCAAAAAGUAGCAGUCUAAAUGUUUUGUUUUCAAUUUCAAUUUCAA